AACGAAUCGUUAAGAGAGAGAAACAUUAAACUGGAAAACGAAAAGAAGAGAAUCGAAAAGAGUUAUUCUCUCAUUGAGAAAGAGAAAUAUGUUUUGAAGACUAAUUUAGACGACAUUCAGCGCAAAAGUAGCAAAACGUUUGACAAUUCACACAACGAUGUGAUUAUAGAUGAGGCGAAGAUUAUCACUCAAGGAUUGGCUGCACUCGAGCUGAAGAAUAUUGAAUUGCAGCGAAAGGUUCAGGGAUUGCAAUCAUUGAUGAAUGAAACCGAAGCCAUUAACGACACGGAUUCAGGCCAUCCAAUCAACGGUAACGCUUCCGAUGAUUUACAUCGCUUACGGUUGGCUCAGAAACGCGCCGAAGAGCUUAUCGAUAGGAAAGAUUUUUCGAGUAAACAUCUGUCCAAUUAUGAAAAAGAGUUGAGUCGAUAUUCAUUGAGUCCCAGUCUGACGACAACUCCUCCCCGAUUCAAAGAGCCCCCAAAUCGUUCGCAUUCCGUCUCACGAGUCGGUCAUCUUAAGCAUCAAAACACCGAUACUUCCACUCCAUUGCCCGCGUAUUCGUCCACUUCUAAUAUAAAUAACGCUAAACGCAAA